AUGUAGCCAUGGUGAUUACACAUGUUACCAUGGCGUUUGUGUUGACACGUACGAUUCCUAUCGGUGUGCGUGUGAGACAUUAUACACCGGCCAGACUUGUAACGAAUUUUUGGACUUGUGUGAAUAUGACAUGCAUGAAUGCCCUCCGGACACAACUACUUGUCACAACUUGGUGGGUUCAUACUAUUGCCGCUGCAAAGAUACAUACUAUGGCGCGAACUGUACAUCCAAAAGAGAAGCUAAUCACACAGAUAUAUGGCUACUUGGAAAAGACCAGCCAUCAGUGGAAUAUGUAGUUCCUGAAGGCGUGUCCCGGGACUGGCAGGGAGCUAAUGACUUCUGCACAUCUCUAACUGGGGGUUCGAACUUAGCAUAUCAACCAAGUGAAGCAGAUCGCAGCAUGAUCAUGAAAGAUCACUCUUUCCCCAUGAACUACCACUACUGGGCCAGGGAGCAGACUGAAGGCUGUGCAGUGUUCCGUGCUGGUAUAUAUCUGCCUAGCCUACGAGAUCUAAGCUGUACCACCAAGCUACCGUUCAUUUGUGCACGGCCAGCAGAAUGGUACCGUAAUGAAAAAUUGCAGUUGCACACGGCAUCUCCAUACUACUUACUACGGGUGUGCAAAACCGACUCGUAUCUGUUUUCCCCUGCAUCACUGCUUUGGAACAAUGGACUCCAAAACGGUCCACAGGCUGCACAAAUUUGCAGGGAGGUGGAUUCAUCACUGACUAGCAUACCUGGACCGUUGUCCGCCAAAUGUCUACUGGACUUUCUGCGGGAGUCCAGCAUUUAUGGAAGCAACUCAAAUGUGUAUGCAUGGUACAGAAACUCCUUUGGGACUCCUGUCGGAAUAGAUGCAGCCGGCCGAGCCUUACACCGUGGGUUUGCUCACGUCAUUUGCUCAGCCCAUAUAGCUAAAACCUGCGCGAGCGAAGUGUCCAAUCCUGCUUCCCUGGACUUCCCGAUUCAACAGUACAUCUACAUGCAGCCAUACGGCAUGUCGGAUUGGAGAGCAGCAAAGAGCUCAUGCAGCUCCACUGGAGGAGUACUGUUCAAUCCAACGAAGCAUUCAAGUCAAUGUGCUACUGAUUUCCUCAACCAAGUCGCUAAUGUUCUGGGUUCAGAUCAGAUCUGGAAGAACGAGCCAGGGAUUGCCGUUAACCCUUCCCAAAACUACACUGUCACUAAGGGGUAUGUAGCUCCUCUCACCGCCUGUGUCGUGGAUUUGACGCUGAGAUGUCCAGGCAUUGAUGUGUCCGUAAUUGCCGAUGCCACAAGUAUUGUAAUGACCGCCAACCAGGUUUUAGCGACAACUGAACACUGCAGGAGUGGCUAUCAGACUAUGUACAAUCCACGUAUUGCGCUGCACAGAUCUACUAGGGAUUGUGAAAUUAAAGAAUUUCUACGCCGAGUUGGCCAGCACUUUGGCACGGACACUAUCUGGGCAUCGAGCCGUUUGCAAGUAUUGCGAAUUUCAACGUUCCGUCUUCAACGCCUGUAUGUUCCUCAGCAGCACAUGGUUGUGUGCUUCAAUGAUAAUGAUGAAUGUUCAAAUGGAAGCCUAUCCUGCAUCCAUGGUCAAUGUUCUAAUUCCUAUGGCUCCUUUACAUGUGAAUGUCACACAGGGUUUACGGGCAGGAACUGUGAACGCAAUAUUGAUGAAUGCGCUGAGAGGACACUGUGUAAAAACGCUGGCACCUGUACUGAUACGAAAGGCAGCUAUGAGUGUGCGUGUACUGCCGGUUGGGUAGGUUACCACUGUGACAGGAAUAUCAAUGAAUGUCUCGAUAAGCCUUGCUUAAAUAAUGGCACCUGCUUCGACCUGCCUGGAGCUCACUACUGCAACUGUGUCAACGGCUGGACGGGUCACUUGUGUGAAGACAAUGUGAACGAGUGUGACUCUAACAUAUGCAGAAAUGGUGGCACUUGUUCGGACUCACAGGGCUCCUUUAGUUGCCGCUGUGACACCGGUUAUACUGGAGGUGUUUGUCAACAUGAUGUCAAUGAAUGUUCCGAUCAAGUGUGCAAGAAUUCUGCAGAGUGCCAUAAUAACUUGGGUAGCUACACUUGCACGUGUACAGCUGGCUGGACAGGACAUAACUGUGAUGAGGAUGUCAAAGAGUGUGAUGCACAACCCUGCUUGAAUGGGGGUUCAUGCCAUGAAGGUGAGGGUGGUGUCAAUUGUAGCUGUGUGCCUGGCUGGACAGGUGAUCUCUGCGAUGUUGAUGCGGAUGAAUGCCAGGGCAAGCCAUGCCAGAAUGCAGGAGUUUGUACUAACAGCCCCGCCGGCAGUUACAAAUGCACAUGUUCGGCAGGUUGGACAAGCCAACAUUGUGAUGCCAACGUUGAUGAAUGCCUGAAUAAUGUGUGUGCUAAUGGGGCAACUUGUCACAACACGGCUGGAAGCUAUUCUUGUAGCUGUCUGUCUGGCUGGGAGGGCUAUAACUGCACGGUUAACAUAGACGAAUGUGCCGAUGCUGAGAAUUACAAACACCUUCUUUGCCACGAAAAUGCACCAUGUGUUGAUACAGCUGGAAGCUACUCAUGCACGUGUCCACCUGGACAAACAGGUUCUGACUGCAGAGCCGACGUAGAUGAAUGUAGCAACCCUGACAUCUGCCAUAAUGGAGGUGCAUGUACAAAUACCAACGGGUCAUAUACUUGCACAUGUACCCGCGGAUGGACUGGAAAACUGUGCGAUAUCAGUACAAAUGUAUGUGAAAAAGAGGGAGUAUGCCAAAAUUCAGGCACUUGUCUAGACAUUUUUGAAAGUUACAAGUGUGAUUGUGUGUCCGGGUGGACUGGUCAACGCUGCGAGAGCGAUGUCCAGGAGUGCUUGCUAAGCCCCUGUAAAAAUGAUGGAACAUGCCAGGAAAAACCUGGAAGCUACUCUUGUGUUUGCCAAGAUGGAUGGCAAGGCUCACAUUGUCAGGACAACGUGAAUGAGUGUUCUAAUGCUAAGUUAUGUCAGAAUGGUGGUACCUGCCAAGAUAUUAGUGGCAGCUAUUUCUGUCAAUGCUCGCCUGGAUGGACCGGUCAGAGCUGUACUAGUACUAUCCAGGAAUGCUCAAGCACGAAACAUCCUUGUGCUAAUGAUGGAAUUUGCUUUGAUAUUGACGGUAGCUACACCUGUAAAUGUCCUCAUCCCUGGGCUGGUGACAGCUGUGAGUACUACAUCAAUGAAUGUUUCAGGGACUGGGAGCAGCCACGAUGUAGAAAUGGCGGAUUCUGCCAUGCCAUGGGACGUAGUGCCACGUGCGUGUGCAAACCAGGCUGGACCGGUCCUAACUGUACAGUGGACAUAGAUGAAUGCAGCACUGCACCAUGCCAAAAGGAUGGGCAGUGUACUAAUCUUAUUGGUGGCUAUAGGUGCGACUGUGCCAGUGGGUGGGAAGGCCAAAACUGUGAAGAAGACCAAAAUGAAUGCUUACGUUCACCCUGCCAGAAUGACGGGGUUUGCCAGGACACUGCAGGAAAUUUUAGUUGUUCUUGUCUUGCUGGGUGGACAGGUGACACAUGCACACAAAACACCGAUGAAUGUGUCAGUAAACCCUGUGAGAAUGAUGGUGUCUGUACUGACACUGUUGGGUCUUACUUCUGUGUUUGUACCACUGGGUGGACGGGGUCUAAGUGUGCCACAAACAUUGAUGAAUGUCGCCACACAGCUGCAUGCAAGAAUGGUGGUAACUGCACCAACACAGAUGGAGGUUUCACUUGCAAGUGUGCUCCAGGCUGGACAGGAGACCAUUGCGAAGUGGACGUCAAUGAAUGUUCUGGUAAGACACCAUGUCAGAAUGGUGGCACUUGCUUGAAUAUACCUGGCAACUAUACAUGCACCUGUGCACACGGCUGGACAGGAAACAACUGUGACUCUGAUAUUGACGAAUGCUUGACAAGGCCAUGUAAAAAUGAAGCUACGUGCAAGAACACUGAUGGAGGUUUUUCCUGUGAUUGUGGCAAUGGAUGGUCUGGAAAGCGGUGCCAGUUCAACCUAAAUGAAUGCUUACACAGCCCAUGUGAAAAGAGAGGUAUUUGUUUAGAUUCUCCUGGAUCAUUUUCUUGCGACUGUUUCGACGGUUGGUCGGGUGAUUUAUGUGACAUGGACAUCAAUGAAUGUACCCGUAAGCCAUGUUCAAACUUGGCCGAAUGCCUGAACACCGAUGGUAGCUUUGUAUGCAAGUGUUCCACUGGCUAUUUGGGAGAAUUCUGCAAAGACAACCUAAAUGAGUGUUCCACCAGUCCAUGCAAAUACGGUGGUACUUGUAUCGAUACGGUUGGCAGUUACUACUGCCGAUGUCCCAUUGGAUGGACGGGCAUCAACUGUACUGAUAACAUCAAUGAAUGUCUUAAAAAUCCAUGUCUGAAUUUGGGAAAGUGCAAGAACACCGAUGGAAGUUUCACCUGUGACUGCCCUGAAGAAUGGGCAGGCCUUCGCUGUGAUAUCAAUGUCAAUGAAUGCCUCUCCACACCCUGUGAUCAUGGGAGAUGUCGUGAUAGCGUUGGAAAUUACACUUGUGUAUGUGAAUCCGGUUGGACGGGUCGUUUGUGUAAUGUUGAUAUCAAUGAAUGCGUUUCAGUACCAUGUUACAAUGGAGCUACAUGCCAGAACAAUAAUGGAAGUUACACGUGCAACUGUGUCCCAGGUUGGGCUGGUACUAUCUGUACUCUGAAUGUUAAUGAAUGUGCUACAAAGAGUAGCAGCAGCAGCAGCAGCAAGCAAUGUCUGAAUGGUGGGACUUGUGAGGAUACCUAUGGUAGCUACAGAUGUCAAUGUUUGCCAGGAUGGACGGGCUCAUCAUGCCAGACAGACAUCAAUGAAUGUCAAGUUAGCAGUCCCUGUGUGCAUGAUGGUGUAUGUAAGGAUACAGACGGUAGCUAUGAGUGUGGCUGUGCUGCUGAGUGGGGUGGACACCGCUGUGAGAUCAAUGUCAACGAAUGCUUGCAGGCUCCUUGCCAGAAUUCCGGAAUCUGCUACGAUGUGUUUGGAGACUACUUCUGCAUGUGUGCAUCAGGUUGGACUGGUCGCAAUUGCACCGUCAAAGUAGACUAGCUGUUGCUACUAGAGACAUUAGUAGUGACCGUGUUUCAGCGAAACACACACACCCAAAUUUGCCUGCUCUUUUCCACACUAGUUCCUAUUUUUUCUACUUUUCCUCCAUAAGAGGACUUUUAUCCCAUUCUCUAAGGUAUUUGUACCUGCAUGCAUAUUCAUUUAUACAACUUUCAACUCCUAACGGUCUCGUUACAAUUACUCAAAUUUAUACAACCAAAUUUUCGGACCUGGCCCGUCAGUAGGUUAAUAAUGUAGUGCAUAUUCACUUGAACGUCCAUACAAUGUUAGUAUAUCAAGCAUCGUUGUUGUGGCAUAAGUUAGAGUGUCUGCACAUUUACAGCAUGAUCGCGUGUCCAGCUGCUUGCAGCAUAAGCCAUGUUAGGUUUUCUGCCUUUCAAGCGCUGCAGUUGCUCAGGUAUGCUCGCUCCAAGAGCUCCAAGAGUGCCUUAGU